UGCAAGAUGGCGAUGCACAUGAGGAAGACACUGGUGGCCCUUCACCGAGCCGCAGGCAGCAGUUUGAAGAAUGCGGAGACGUCGGUGGAUUUGCGACAUCCAGUCCCACUUUUCAUGCCGGUCCGGACUAAGAAGCGAUACUUCAUCCCUCCAUCAGUGGGGUUGAAGGACAAUAGGACGGACAACUUGGAGGCCAAGGCCAAGACGGCAGGCAUCGCUUUCAGACAGCAGUAUAUCGAGAGGCCCAUCAACAUCUCCUGCACUGCGGGAAUCUUCGACGCCUACAUCCCUCCAGAGGGCGACGCUCGUCUCUCCACUCUGUCUAAAGAGGGUCUGAAACAACGGACUGAACAGAUUAAACAAAGUGCCACCUCACAGCUAGCGAUUCGUAAGAUCAAAGAACACGACUCUGAGUUCGUAACGAAGGAGUUUGCAGAGAGAGCUCAAGAGCUCUUCAUCGAGGCUCACCAUGCUCUGACACAGUUCAACAAGGAGAAACUUCACUCCUUGGUGACAGAGAGGUGUUAUCCUGAGAUGACGAGAGGAAACCGCUACAAGUCGAUCCGCUGGAGGUUCGUGGAGUCUCUGGAGGCGCCCAAGGUGGUCCAAGCACGCUGCCCCGACAUGAUCUCCAAGGGCAACCUGUACGGCCAGGUGACGGUCCGCAUGCACUCCAAACAGACUCUGGCAAUCUACGACCGCUUCGGCAGGCUGAUGCUGGGCAGCGAGGAGCAGCCGAAGGACGUGUUGGAGUAUGUGGUCAUAGAGCGACACCUCACCAACCCGUACGGCCGCUGGAGGUUACACGGGAAAAUAGUGCCAUCCUGGGCUCCAGCCAAGGACCCGAUUAUUAAGACUAUUAUGAUUGCUGGUCCAGCUCUGAAACCAGGAGAAGAGUUCGAGGCCCUCAAAUAUGAAGUUCCCAAACCAGAGGCGGUACAGUGGCAUAAAUAGACCACCGGGGGGCACUGCUCCUUUUCUUCAAACCACUGUUGGACAUUAACAGCAGUCAUGGGGCCAAAUGCUGUUUAGAAAUUUGGCAGUGGCUGGUUGGUUAGUUAGUCGACUUUGGCAGUAAACCAGGCUCCCACUGGAGGCUUUUUGUUCUUUUUGGAAAACGCUGUUGGCUGUUCACAAUGUUAAAGCAGCAGGUGAAUUUUUUAGGAUGAACAAACCACCACACAACAGUCUGGAUUACAACAAUUCUCUUCAAGACUUUGUUUUUUUUUAUUUUAUGAGACUAACUUAAUGUGUACAUGUAAAAAGAGAAAUAAUAAUAAACAGACUUCCAGAAAUUG